AUGUGCCCAGAAGAUCAAUGUCCAAAUGAGAAACAGGAUCAAUGCAUCCCCAAAAGAAUAACUUAUUUAUCCUAUGGAGAACCAUUGGGAGCGGUUUUGAUUUCUUUUGCUCUUUUCUUUUCCCUGAUCACCUUUGCUGUGAUUGGGAUCUUUGUUCAGCUCCGCAAAACUCCCAUUGUGAAAGCCAAUAACUGGAGCAUUACCUGUACGCUACUCUUCUCUCUGCUGCUUUGCUUUCUCUGCUCCUUCCUAUUCAUUGGUCAGCCUAGGAAGGUGACCUGCCUCCUCAGACAAACCGUGUUUAGCAUCACGUUUACUGUUGCUCUUUCUUCUGUGUUGGCCAAAACCAUCACUGUCGUUCUGGCCUUCCUGGCCACCAAGCCGGGAAACAGGUUGAGGAGAUGGAUAGAGAAGAGGCUGGCAGUAUCAGUCAUCAUUCUCUGUUCACUUAUUCAAACUGGAAUCUGUGCUGUGUGGCUGGCAAACACUCCCCCUUUCCCAGAGUUUGACAUGCACUCUCAGAUCAAUGAGAUCAUUGUGCAAUGCAAUGAAGGCUCAAACACCAUGUUCUACAUCGUCCUGGGCUACAUGGGUUUUCUGGCCACCAUCAGCUUCACUGUGGCCUUCCAUGCUAGAAAGUUACCUGAUAGCUUUAAUGAAGCCAAGCUGAUCACCUUCAGCAUGCUGGUCUUUUGCAGUGUUUGGAUAACCUUUGUCCCAAGCUACUUGAGCACCAAGGGAAAAUACAUGGUGGCAGUGGAGGUCUUCUCCAUCAUGGCCUCUGGUGGUGGACUGUUGAGUUGUAUCUUCCUCCCCAAAUGCUACAUUAUUAUUCUUAGACCUGAUCUGAACACCAGAGAGCAACUGGUUAAGAAACGAUAUUGAGACACUGGACUCUUUCUGCCUU